AUGGCCUCUCUCGCACCUCGCACCGUUGUGAGGUCACUGUCCUCGGCAACGCACUCGGCACGCCGGUCCGUCGCUGCAGUCCAUGGCGCCGCGCUUCGAUCGUCGGCUGCCUCGUCCUCCGCCCCUGCGUCGAGGCCGCUGACCACGUCCAGUGCGGCCCGAUCAGGUACGUACCUUCCCUUGCGUCGUGUGUUCAAUGCCGAUCCAUUCACCUCGCCACCUCCUUCCCACCACCCAGCAGCUCCGGCAGGCCAAGAGUCGCCCUUCAAGGAACCGGCACCUCGCAACCCGAACGAGGAUUACCUUGCGAUCGCCCCCCAGCUGCAAGAGUUCGGUGCCUACCUCAUGGCCUCGCUCCCGAAAUUCAUCCAGCAGACUUCGGUCUACAAGGACGAGCUCACCCUCUACGUUGCGCCGUCUGCGGUCGUGCCCGUGCUCCACUUUCUCCGCGACCACACAAACACCCAGUACAAGCAGGUCAUGGACAUCGCUGGCGCCGACUACCCGACCCGCUCCCACCGGUUCGAGGUCGUGUACCAUCUCCUCAGUGUCAAGCACAACUCGCGCAUUAGGGUCAAGACCUACGCCGACGAGGUCUCUCCCGUGCCCUCCGCCACCGGUCUCUUCAGGGGUGCAGAUUGGUACGUGCCUCCUCCGCAGCAGGGUUGAUCGCGUAGCCGCAUCAUAAAGACGAUCCAACGUUGCCGACUCCUUCAUCCUCCCGUCGCCGUGGGCAGGUACGAACGCGAGGCAUGGGACAUGUACGGCAUCUUCUUCACGGGUCACCCCGAUCUGCGAAGGAUCCUCACCGACUACGGCUUUGAAGGCCACCCUCUCCGCAAGGAUUUCCCCUUGACGGUACGUUCACCAUGCAUGUGAUAUGAACCAGUGCUAGCCAUGCGACGAAUCUGCGCUGACCCGGUAUGACCCUCUCUGUUUCACUGCCGUUCCCACUCGACGCGGAAUCUGCGUUUGUACGGCAUCUGCCGAUUCACAGGGCUACACCGAGGUGCGCUACGACGAGGAGAAGAAGCGUGUCGUUUCGGAGCCUCUGCAACUCUCGCAAGCGUUCCGCAACUUUGAGGGUGCUCUUUCGCCGUGGGAAGGGACGGGAACCGGUGUCGCGUCGAGGGCCGAGCAGUUCACGCUCAAGCCGCCGCAGGAGGAGAAGAAGGAAGGGGCCAAGAAAUGA